AUGUUUGCCAAUGGUCUUCGAUUGAAGACAAAACAAUUGAUUGAUACAACAACUGGUAGCUCAUCAAACUUUUCAACAGCCACAAGUAUUAAGAAGAUCAUUGAGGCGAUAGCCGAAAAUGAGCAUUUAGAGUUGUAUGAUAGGUGUUCAAGCAAAUCUAAAAGGGUUAUUGAUUUGAAGCUUGAAACAAAUAAGAUAAGGAUAGAAGACACAGUUGCUGCAGAAGUUGAAAAGAAACUUAAAGCAAUGAAUAUUGGUAGGAGAAUACCUAUAAAGCAGAAGGAUCAUGGAUCUGUCACAGUCCCAUGCACUAUAAAAGACAGAACUUUCAAGAAGGUACUAUUGUCAAUCUACCAAAGGCUUGGUAUUGGAAAUGUCAGUGAUACAAGGAAAAAUCUAAAAUUUGCAAAUCACUCCAUAAAGAAUGCAUAUGGGAUAGCGGAAGAUGUAUUGGUGACAAUAGAGCAAUUUUAUUUUCCUGUUGAUUUUGUGAUCAUAGACAUACCUGAGGAUGAAGAGACACCUAUUAUUCCUGGUCGACCAUUCAUGCGGACAAGUCAAUGCAAUUUCGACAUAGGCCAUGGUACACUAACUUUAAAAGUUUAUGAUGAUGAAAUAACCUUGAAUGUUCUUGAAAACAAGAAGCUAGAGGUGGGAAAAGAAUACCACUAUCAAGUAGGCAUGAUCAGGACAGAUGUGAAAGGCCAAAGUGACAUGCCAACAUCAGAAAAAGUCUCAAGAAGGUCAUCUCAUAUGGUCUCACCUCCAUUAGCAACCCCGAGUGGGAAAACUCCUAUUUCCAUUCCAAAAGCCAUAAGAAAGAAGAGAUAG